AUGUGUGAUGAAGGCUUUAAUCUGCGAGGAUCGAAAACAAGACAGUGUCUGUCAACUGGGAAUUGGAGCGGAAAGGAAAGUUUCUGCGAAGGUACAACGAAAUGUGGCGAGAAUGUGAUUUAUCGUAAGUAACUGAGCCCUUAGGAAUUGCUUUGAGAUAAUUUUAGUAAUUGUUGGAAUUAUUUUUACUUUUGUAGCUGUAAACUGUGGUGGUCUUUCUUCUCCCAUGAACGGCUCUGUAUCUGGUAAUCUGACAGUAUAUCCGAAUAUUGUCACAUUCAGCUGUGACCCAGGAUUUAUUCUACGUGGUUCCUCAGUACGAAAAUGCCAGUCUAAUGGAACAUGGGACGGUUAUAAGACGAUUUGCGAAGGUGCAAUUUUUAAAUAAUUCGGGGGACAGUCUUUUAUUGGAAUGUUCUUUGUUGGAGUUUUAAGUAAGAAUUGAAAGAGUCUCAGACAUCAUCUACUGCAGCACGUCUUGCGUGUGAUCUUAACUUGAUAUAAUAUACAUUCUUUCAACAGCAAAAGACUGCGGCGCUCUUAAAACUCCAAGCAAUGGAUCUCUAAUGGGCAAUCUGACUACAUUUCCGAACAAGGUGCAGUUUAUGUGUGAUGAAGGCUUUAUUCUGCGAGGAUCAAAAAUAAGACAGUGUCUGUCAACUGGCAGUUGGAGUGGAAACGGCACUUCCUGUGAUCGUAAGUAUAGAUAGUUGUGAGGCAAUUGUUUGAUACUUCUAACAAACAGCUUUUGACCAAUUUGGAGAGGUGUUUUGAGAAAGUUUUGGUAAUUGUUGGAAUUAUUAUUACUUUUUAGCUGUAAACUGUGGCGGUGUAUAUUCUCCCACGAACGGCUCUAUAUCUGGUAAUCUGACGGUAUACCCGAACAUUGUCACAUUCAGCUGUGACCGAGGAUUUAUUCUACGUGGUUCCUCUAUACGAAAGUGCCAGUCUAAUGGAACAUGGGAUGGUAAUGAGACGGUUUGCCAAGGUACAAUGCGUAAGGCCUCCAGAGGACAGAUUCUUGUAAAUGUUAUAAUACUAUGCUUGCAAUAUCUUUGCUAUCUGACUCAAGCUUUGACGAAAAUAUAAUUCUUAGUCUAUGUUAAUUGGGAGCUUUUCCCAUUCGUAGAGAUUUUCCUAAAAUAUUUUGCAAUAUCUCCGUGUCUCAACCAAAAAAUAAAGAAACGUUAAGCCAAACACUCUCAGACAUCACAUCAUCUGCACGUCUCGGGUAUGAUCCUAACUUGAAAUAAUGUACAUUGUUUCAAAGCGGAAGAUUGCAGCCCUCUUAAAACUCCAAGCAAUGGAUCUUUAGUUGGCAGUCUGACUACAUAUCCACACAAGGUGAAAUUUAUCUGUGAUGAAGGCUUUAAUCUGAGAGGAUCAAAAAUAAGACAGUGUCUUUCAACUGGAAAUUGGAGUGGAAACGAAAGUUUCUGUGAAGGUACGAAGAAAUAUGUCGUGAAUUUGAUGGAUUGUACACAACAUCCCUUGAGAUUUGUUUUGAGAUAGUUUUGGUAAUCGUUGGAUUUAUUUUUACUAUUGUAGCUGUAAACUGUGGUGGUCUAUCUUCUCCCAUGAACGGCUCUAUAUCUGGUAAUCUGACAGUAUACCCGAAUAUUGUCACAUUCAGCUGUGACCGAGGAUUUAUUCUACGUGGUUCCUUUUUACGAAAGUGCCAGACUAAUGGAACAUGGGAUGGUUAUGAAACGAUUUGCGAAGGUACAAUUUUUAAAUAAUCCAGGGGACAGUCUUCAGUUGGAUUGCACGCCCUACUUUUGGCCUUGCGCACAUUUUAUUUUUGUUCCGUUUGUUUUUGUUUUGUUUGUAAUAUAUUGAAAUGUUCUUUGUUGGAGUUUUAAGUAAGAAUUGAAAGAGUCUCAGACAUCAUCUACCGCAGCACGUCUUGCGUGUGAUCUUAACUUGAUAUAAUCUACAUUCUUUCAUUAGUAAAAGAUUGCGGCGCUCUUAAAACUCCAAGCAAUGGAUCUUUAAUUGGUAAUCUGACUACAUUUCCGAACAAGGUGCAGUUUAUGUGUGAUGAGGGCUUUAUUCUGCGAGGAUCGAAAAUAAGACAGUGUCUGUCAACCGGGAGUUGGAGUGGAAACGGUACAACCUGUGAUCGUAAGUAGAUAGUUGUGAGGCAAUUGUUUGAUACAUCUAACAAACAGCUCUUGAACAAUUUGGAGAGGUGUUCUGAGAAAGCUUUGGUUAUUACUGGAAUAUCUUUUUUACCCUUUUAGCUGUAAACUGUGGCGGUGCAUAUUCUCCCUUGAACGGCUCUAUAUCUGGUAAUCUGACAGUAUACCCGAAUAUUGUCACAUUCAGCUGUGACCAAGGUUUUAUUCUACGUGGUUCCUCUGUAAGAAAGUGCCAGUCUAAUGGAACAUGGGAUGGUUAUGAGACGGUGUGUGAAGGUACAAUGUGCUAAGCGUCCAGAGGACAGAUUCUUAAUGUUAUAGGGCCACCCCUGUGAAAGCUUUGCCUUCUGUCUCAAGCUUUCGAGGAAAUAUUUUUUCUUAGUCUGAGUUACUUGGGAUUUUUUCGAUUUCUGGAGAUUUUUGCUGAACUUUGCAAGAUCUUCUUCAUUCUUACAAUACUUUGUUCUGUUCUUUGAAAUGGCACUGCAAUAAUCAACGCGCGGGGAGGGGGACAGUCGAUAAACGGCAUAUUGUUUCAAUGCAUUCUGUAAUUUUUUGACAUAACGCCGACAGAAUCAUGAAGCCCAUUUCCUUUAAAUGAUUUUGCUUCUGCUGCAGGGUAGGAACAGGUAAUGAUUGGAAAAUGUAUUAAUUUGAGUGAAGGAGCCCUUUUUCCCCAACCUGUCAGAAAAGUAUUGUUAGUUGAGUUUUAAACUCAAAUAGAUUAAAGUAUUAGCUGCGUAGAACUUUUAGUGAAGACAACAGUUUUACCCGAAUUCUCAACUAAAGAAAAACGAAAAGUCAAAUCAAAGAGUCUCAGGCAUCACAUCUACUGCAGCACGUCUUGAUAUAAUCCGCUUUUUUUUCAACAGCCAAAGAUUGUGGCGGUCUUAAAUCUCCGAGCAAUGGAUCUUUAGUUGGUAAUCUGACUACGUAUCCAUACAUGGUACAAUUUGUGUGUGAUGAAGGCUUUAAUCUGCUGGGAUCAAAAACAAGACAGUGUCUGUCCACUGGUAAUUGGAGUGGAAAUGAAAGUUUCUGUGAAGGUACAACGAAAUGUGGCGAGAAUGUGAUUUAUCGUAAGUAACUGAGCCCUUAGGAAUUGCUUUGAGAUAAUUUUAGUAAUUGUUGGAAUUAUUUUUACUUUUGUAGCUGUAAACUGUGGUGGUCUUUCUUCUCCCAUGAACGGCUCUGUAUCUGGUAAUCUGACAGUAUAUCCGAAUAUUGUCACAUUCAGCUGUGACCCAGGAUUUAUUCUACGUGGUUCCUCUGUACGAAAGUGCCAGUCUAAUGGAACAUGGGGCGGUUAUAAGACGAUUUGUGAAGGUACAAUUUGUAAAAACUCAAGUGGACAGUCUCCAAGUCGAUUGCCUGACCUACUUUUGGUCUUGCUUUCAUUUUAGUUUGUUAUUUUUUUUUGCUGAGUUGAUUUUUGUGAUGUAGAAAUGUAAUGAAUUGUCAUCAGUGAGAGUUUUAAAUAAGAUGUGAAUAGAUCAACACAAUAAAAGACUGAAACGGUUUGAGCUAUACUUGUACACGUUUUAACGGCACGUUGUGUCUUUUUUAGCGAAUAUAGCCUUUGUUUUUAUUUGAGUUGAAUCAAGACGUUCUUUGUCAGUGGGCGGUAAUGCCUAAUUCCUUACCAUAAUAUCAACUUGGUAUUUCCUGGAAAGUAAACUUUCAUUUCAUGAUGGCUAACACACGGGCGGACGGUCGAUCAAUGGCAUAAUUUAUUUCUUCUUUUUGCACAAAUGAGUUUUGUAUCGAAUUUGUUAACUGUCCACCGAGGUAGAGAAAAUAAUGACACCCAGUCUCAGUAAAUAGUUUUCUGCAGCCACUGGUUGUAGACGAGCAGUUUGUCCAAUGAUGAUUAGAUAGAUUUAUUUAUCAAAUGAUGGGGUUCUGUAUUUCAGCAUUUAAAAGUAAUGGGAUGGAGAACAUUGAACUCCUUAAACCCCAUGACUUAAAAUAUCAGGCAAAUGGGGCAUAUUGAUGAGUGAAUGGUGUUUCUUUAUUCCAUUUAAACUGAACUAAAAGACCUAAAGCAACGAAAAAAGAUAAAAAUAAAGUAAGCUCUGGUAUUGUAUGCCGGUCUUUCUUAUAAUGUUAACCAAUUUUCACCAGUAAUAUUAUUUUUUCAACAGCAAAAGAUUGUGGCGCAUUUAACGCUCCAAGCAAUGGAAGUUUAGUUGGUAAUUUGACUACAUAUCCACACAAAGUGCAAUUUUUGUGUGACGAAGGCUUUGAGCUGCAAGGAUCGAAAAUAAGACAGUGUCUGUCAACUGGGAAUUGGAGUGGAACCGAUAGUUUAUGUGAUCGUAAGUGGAUAGUUGUAAGACAAGUGUUUGAUAGUCUGUUAAACAAAGAGCUUUUGACUAAUUUUGAGAAGUGUUUUGAGAAAGUUUCAGUAAUUGAUGAAAUUAUUUUUUUCUCUUGUAGCUGUAAACUGUGGUGGUCUAUCUUCUCCCAUGAAUGGCUCUAUAUCUGGUAAUUUGACGGUAUACCCGAAUAUUGUUACAUUCAGCUGUGAUCCAGGAUUUAAUCUACGUGGUUCCUCUGUACGAAAGUGCCAGUCUAAUGGAACUUGGGAUGGUUACGAGACGACUUGUGAAGGUAAAUAAACACACGCCCCAGACCCGACGUCGACAAAAAGGCAAAAAUUAAAGAUGAAAUAUUGUGUAAAUGCUGUCAUAUUGAAUGUUUUUGCAUUUGCUGCAGGUUAGGAACAGGUAAUGAUUGGAAAAUGUAUUAAUUUGAGUGAAGGGACCCUUUUUUCCCCAACCUGUUAGAAAAGUAUUGUUAGUUGAGUUUUAAACUCAAAUAGAUUAAAGUAUCAGCUGCGUAGAACUUUUAGUGAAGACAACAGUUUUCCGCGAAUUCUCAACCAAAGAAAAAUGAAAAGUCAAAUCAAAGAGUCUCAAGCAUCACAUCUACUGCAGCGCGUCUUGAUAUAAUCCGCCUUUUUUUUCAAGAGGGAAAGAUUGUGGCGGUCUUAAAACGCCAAGCAAUGGAUCUUUAGUUGGUAAUCUGACUACGUAUCCAUACAUGGUACAAUUUAUCUGUGAUGAAGGCUUUAAUCUGCGAGGAUCGAAAAUAAGACAGUGUCAGAGUCCACUGGUGAUUGGAGUGGAAACGAAAGUUUUUGUGAAGGUACAACGAAAUGUGGCGAGAAUAUGAUUUAUCGUAAGCAACUGAACCCUUAGGAAUUGUUUUGAGAUCAUUUCAGUAAUUGUUGGAAUUACUUUUACUUUUGUAGCUGUAA